GUCUUGGAGAAAACAAGAAACAAACAAACAAACACCGAUCGAUCGAUCGAUUUCUUUCUUUCUGAAUCAAGGUUCUUUCUUUUUUAGGGCUUUUAAUUUCAAUCAUUGGAUGAUGUUUGAUCUGUGUUUUUAUUUUCAAUCAUGAUCCUGUUCCUUCCUAAGAAAUUAUCGACGAUGGCCCUAGCUGCUUCUGAUCCUGCUGCCGACACCACCAAUAUUUGCAGUCACUGUGAAAGAGCUAUUCCGUCUUCAAAUAUUGAUCUGCACUAUGCGCAUUGCUCACGUAAUUUAGAGAAGUGUAAGAUAUGUGGUGAUAUGGUACCCAGAAAACAUGCCGAAGAACACUACGAAAGCACCCAUGCUCCGGUAACUUGUUCGCUGUGCAGUGAGAUGAUGGAUCCUGAAAAUCUAGCUUUGCACAAAGGUGAAAAGUGCCCCAAAAGGAUUGUGACAUGCGAUUAUUGUGAGUUUCCUUUACCCGCCGUCGACCUAUUUGAGCAUCAGGAAGUCUGUGGAAACAGGACAGAGUUAUGUCAUCUCUGUAACCGAUAUAUUAGACUACGCGAGAGAGUUGCCCAUGAAGUCACGUGCAACGGAACACCCGCUGAAAUACCAAGGUCAAUACGGGAAGCUGAAAGAGAGCGUGCCGCUAGAAGGCCGCCACCACCACCACCGCGAGACUUGUCUACAAGGCGGCUUCUUUUCACUAUAGCCAUAGCUGGCAUUGCCAUUUUUCUUGGGUCGCUCCUUUUCCAGAGAAAACCAGACAUCAGUCAAGCUAACUAAAAAGUCAAAGGUCAACUUGGAGAUCUUAUUAAGAAGUCUCUCAUCAUGUGUCAAAAUGUCUGAAUAUAAAUAUAUGUAUGCAAUGCAUUUGAUUUCAUUUUACAUCAUCCCAGACAUUGAUUGCUGUUGAUUCAGUAUAUAUAAAGAUUCAAUGAAGAAUACUCCAAAAUACUUUACAAUUAA